AUGUCUUCAUCGUUUGUGGAUGAUCACUUCCAAUUUGCUGAAAUGAACAUUAGGCAUACGGGUAAUAUGGAUGAAACCAUGGCAAUGGUACGUCGAGCAGUGCGAAUGGGUUAUGACUGUGUUGUAAUUAAUACUGAUAUAGGGCAGAUGAUGCAGGAAGAUGGCGGUGAACCACCACACAAGAAAAAGAAGAAAGGUGGCAAAGAGCGGAACGUUAUACCAAAUCCAGUUAAUAUUGAUUGUUCCCAAUUGGAUACCAGUAUGCUUGAAGCAAAUGGGAAACGUCUUAGAAUUUUCAGCCGUCUAACUACUACAAUAUCAAACAGCACAGAGGUUCAUUUACUAAUGCAUCAUCCCCAGCUGAAAAAAUACGAUUUGAUUGCCGUGCGUCCAUCAGACGAUCAAAUCCUUCAGACGCUAAGCAAGAAGGGUGAUUUUGUCGAUAUUAUCACUUACGAACAGGCAUCAACAUCUGUUGGCUGGCUUAAUAAAAGCAAGAUUAUUCAGCUUUGUAUUAAUGAUGGUAUAACGUUUGAGAUCACCUAUGCCGAUGCUUUGAAAGACAGCAGUCAAAGACGGGAGGUGUUAACAAAUGGUCGACAGCUGUUAAUGUCUACAAAAGGUGGUAAUGGCGUUGUGAUAGCAAGUGGUGCUGAAAGAAUGAUUGAUAUCAGAGCACCGUAUGAUGCCGCCAAUAUUUCAGUUCUUUUUGGUGUUCUUCCUGGAUGUGCGCGGAAAUUCGUUGCAAGUAAUGCUAAGAAGGCUUUAUUGAGAGCGGAGUCUCGGAAGACGUUGAAAGGUGGUGUAUUAGUACGAACCAAAGAAGAUUUACCGAAGAAUCUCACUGUACGUCUAAAUGUAAUUGAGAAAAUUAUGAGAAUACCGGAAUUUCGAGCUCAAAUGGAAAUUGUGAAGAAUGAAGUAGGAAAAGAGACCGAAAAGAAUUGA